AUGAAACUUAUUAUGGAGAUUAUUGUAAUUCUGUUAUUCACUUUACAAUAUGCUUCUGCUAUCAAAUGUCGAACAUGUCUACCCUGUGAAGAGAAAUAUAAAAAGUUAUUCAAGAUUAGAGCAGAUGAAAUUGUAGAUAACUGCGGAGUUUGCAUUACUGCGUAUUCUACAUAUCAUGGUUAUGAAAUGGAAGGUCGUGGAUGUCUCCCAAAGUGUCCAACGAAAAGUAAAUAUAAUGAGUUAACCCCGGGACUUGUUAGUAAAUUCGACUGUUGUUAUUAUGAUCUAUGCAAUGGAGCAAGCAGAAAUUCCCUUUUACACCUUCAGUUAUUACGGCUGUCAUGUUUCCUAAGCAUUGGAGUCUAUCUGAUAAACAGAAUUAUUUCUUAA